AUGAGCAGAUGGAAUGUCCGCGAAAGCACAAUCGGUUUCGUAGUUGUUGCAGCCCAUCAUGCAUUAAUCGAUGAAUCUACCCAGUUACGUCGCAACCUGAGACAGUUGGAUCACGAGAAAGACAGUUUACAAAACGCUCUGGAUGAACGUACGGAACAAUGCGCCAUGCUCGAACGGGAAAUGGCCAAACGUGAACGUCAUCUUUUGGACUAUCAGCGUUCCAGUCAAACAUUCGAACAGCGUGUGCUUCGUCUAACCGAAUCGGCUGCACAGCGCGAUCAAGAUUAUCGACAGAUGAGCGAACGUGCGGCACUACUCGAGUUGGAACUUAGUCAAACGAACGAGGCACGAAACCGGGUCACACGUGAACUGGAACAAACGAAAGCUGACUUGGACACCAUGAUGCACGAAGCCCAGAGCCUCAAAUCACAACUCACUUAUGAGACGAACAAAGUUGCGGAAUUACAAACCCGUUUGGACGAGGCUCAGGCGGAACAAACGAAACUUCGCGAACUGACCACAUGUGCUGACAGUGAGCGAGUGGAUUUGCUCAAAGAAUACCGGUAA